AUGGAGGCCACCAAAACCAGCUUCCACAUUGAGAUUGGCUACGCCGGUGUGGAGCUAGAUUCUGUCGGUGAACUCGGUGAACUCUUAGCUAACAAAGAAGAAGCCAUGAGUUCACCGACAGAAACAGGCUCCACACCGGCGGAGCCAAUCUCAGUGUGGAAGCUUAUUUUGGUGGCCUCCAUCGCUGUCGGGAUUCACCUUGUCAACGAUGUCCAGAUAGCAUAUAACACCUGUAAACUCGGGUGGCGGUACCGUCCUUUUAUGUUUGCGGGUGUCGUUGACGCCACCAUAGCCUUUUUGACAAUUGGAUUCGCCAAAGACAUUGGGUACGCCUUUGGAGACAACCUCUCCGAGUAUUCUCAGCAUCGCGCCUUAAUCAUUUUUGGGAUCGGAUUAUGGAUGUUGGAGAUUUCGAUCAACAUGAUCGAUGCCCGAGUAUACCAUUUUCUCUCAUUCUUCAUGGCAGUCAGAAACGAACUGGGUUACUUGGGCGCCUUAUUUAGUAGAUUCGAUGUUUUGUUGACAUUUACUGUGACAAAAGUAUGUGAUAGGUUCUGCGCAAAUAUGAAAAGCAUAUCAAUUUUCUCAAUCCUUCUACCGUUAUUGAUGACUGUGGCUGUGUUCUGCGUCCAGAAAAAGCCAGCAUUACCUGAGGAGGAGUCAAGUGAGAGAGAAGAGGAUGAUGACAGAUGCGCACUAGUUAAAUGCUUUCGAGAAAUGUUUCGGACCAUGAAGAGGCGGAAUAAAACCUAA